CGAGAACAAGUUCCAGGCGACAUUCGUUUCAUAGUUCUCUACAGCAUCAUAGUCUUAUCCUUGUUUGUUACGUUGUCUUCUCGAUGUAAUCCUUCCUCAGCUAUCUGUAGCCUUUUGCAUCCUUAUCCAGCAUGCAUUGUCGUCACCCUAGAUGGCCUUCCCGAACCCUCCAAUCCGCAGACGGACGGUGCGACAACAAGGUCGCCCAUUCUAUAUCACAGCGUUGAUUCUUACUCUAUUUGCAUGUUACAGCUACCUGAGAGGCUUUGGAAAUGAUGGCUCUCCUGGGUCCCUCGUCGCUCGUUCACUCGAAGCACGCGAUCUCGAGUGUCGACUCGUUCACAAGGCCAAAGAUAAAUGCGCCUUUAUAAAAGCAAACUGUCCGGACGAAGAAGCCGGUCUCAUUUCCUACCUCCGACUCUACUAUUGCUCCCUUGCCGAUGCGAAGCCCGUCGCCUUCACCAUCUUGGUGCUAUGGAUCAGUCUACUUUUCAGUACUAUUGGUAUCGCCGCUUCUGACUUUCUAUGCAUCAACCUGAGUACAAUUGCGAGUAUACUUGGCAUGAGUGAAAGCUUGACGGGAGUGACAUUCCUGGCUUUCGGCAAUGGAAGCCCAGAUGUGUUUUCCACAUUCGCGGCGAUGAGCAGCAAUAGCGGGAGCUUGGCAGUCGGGGAAUUGAUGGGCGCAGCUGGCUUCAUAUCUGCAGUGGUUGCAGGAAGCAUGGCGCUCGUUGCGCCGUUCCAAGUCGCCAGGAAAAGCUUCAUCCGGGAUGUUGGUUUCUUUGCCGUGGCAGCAAGUUUCAGUCUGGUUUUUCUGGCCGACGGUAGCCUGAAGCUCUGGGAGUGUGCUACCAUGAUCGGCUUCUACGUCUUCUACGUCAUCUUUGUCGUGAUAUGGCACUGGUGGCUUACCAGACGCAGGAGGGCAAAAUUGGCCGAAACCACUGCAAGGCUAAAUCACCACAUCCCUGAUACCCAAGAGCUCGAGGUGCCGGAACUCGAGGAAGAUGAAGAGGCUCGCCCGGCAAGCGAACGGACCAAUCUCCUACGAUCAACCUCAGGCGAAAGCAUCCCGACCUUGAGGACGCCAGGAACUCCGGCGUGGAAGAUUGAGGACCUCGAUGACGAUGACGAAACUCGGGAUCGGUAUCUUGCAGAAGUGCAAAGCAAGAUGAGAAUUAGUCGACCAGGUCGAGGUGAACGAAGAAACACUUUGACUCCCAUCCGACCAUCGUUGAUUGGUGCUUUGGAAUUCAGGUCGCUGAUGACUUCGCUGGAGAGAAAGAGUACAGGCGGAAGCACUCAACCUAUCGGGCUGCGAAGAUACUCGGACGACUCCACGGCCCUGAUGAGCGCGGGGCCCGCUCCAAGUUCCUCUCAACCACAUCUUACAACCUCGGAGCAUUUAGACAUUCAACAUCAAUCGCCCAGCGGUCGCGGUAGAGCUGUGUCUGCCAACGAUGCGGCCAGACUCAAGAUCGACACACACUUCCUAGCCGACCACGCUGCCGAGACUGCUGUCAGCAUUGACUCGGCCUCACACGCGCCUUCGAAUAGAUCGCCAACUCGUCCAAGUGGCCGUAUCCUGCAAACGCUUAAUGAGCCUUCUGCUCAACGAUCCGAGUCCCCAAAAUUGACGUUAUCUCCGGCUUCACGAAAUCCGUCACAGACACCAUCUGACCGAGAAGAGCUGCCCAAAUCUCCGCACUUCCUUGCACCGCCGAAUCCCACAUUCCACCGUCCUGAUUACAGCAGUGAACAUCAUACAGCUGAACGUACCCCUAUUUCACCCACAUCUCAACCCACACUACAGGUGCCCCUGUUGCACACACCGCAUCCUGACCACACUCGAUCAGUAUUGCGACAGGAGGAUUUUCCCCCGUACACAGACUCACCGUCACUGCUUACUCCAGUUGGUUCACGGCCCCCGAGUAUUCAUCUUCCUGAGCCCAGUAUGUCACCCGAAUCCUCAAACCAUCUCGGCCUGCUGGGAGAUGAUGACGAGGAAUCUCUGGAGAGAUAUGCUUGGUGGCCCUACAAGCACCUUCCGCCCCCUCAGGUUAUGGUGGCGAAGCUUUUCCCAACGGUCUAUGGUUGGAGACAAAAAUCCAUCAUUGAUCGUAUCUUGGGCGUGAUUACCGUUCCGAGUGUCUUCCUGCUCACUGUCACCCUUCCAGUCGUGGAACCUAAAGAAGAUGACUCGAACGUGCCUAAUGAUGGUCCACGACGUUCGAAUGGCGGGGAUUCCGGACGAAGUCCAAGCAGGGUUGAACUUGCCCCAGAUACCCCUGCCUUAGCACCGAAAUCGAACGAUACAGACGAACCACCCCACAUGUAUGGCGCCAGGUUUUCCCAGCAACUAUCCAACCCACGAAGGAGCUCCAUGCCGAUGCCUACCGACUCUGCGGAACCGAAAGAUUGGAAUCGAUGGUUAGUGUUUGUGCAGGUCUUCACUGCUCCAUUCUUUACCGUCACUAUCGUUUGGGCCAACAUGGACGAUGACCAUAGCCUGAAACUCUACGUCCGCAUGGUUCUGGGGUCACUGGUAUUCUCACUGGUGGCACUCCUGGUCUUGUUGUCUCUAACAUCUCCCCUUCGAGAACCCAGAUAUCGGCCACUUUUGUGCUUUUUGGGCUUUGCCGUGGCCAUAGCCUGGAUUUCCACGAUUGCGAACGAAGUGGUUGGAGUAUUGAAGGCUUUUGGAGUCAUUCUAGGCAUGUCUGACGCCAUCCUUGGUUUGACAAUCUUUGCAGUCGGCAAUUCUCUGGGUGAUCUGGUUGCAGAUAUCACUGUAGCUAAACUGGGAUAUCCUGUCAUGGCCCUGUCAGCUUGCUUCGGUGGACCUAUGUUGAAUAUCUUGCUCGGCAUCGGCAUUGGAGGCAUGUACAUGACCAUCAAGAAUGCCGCCCACAAACAUGCUCAACAUCCUCACAAACCGAUCAAAUACAAGCCAUAUGAAUUGGACGUGAGCACAACACUCAUGAUCUCGGGUGUUACUCUACUCAUCACCCUGAUCGGAUUACUCAUUGUUGUGCCAUUGAAUGGUUGGAGGAUGGACCGCAGAAUUGGAAUUGGACUCAUCACUGUAUGGGCCUUGUCAACGGUUGGCAAUGUGGUUGUGGAAGUCCUUGGAUAUGGAGGAGAUACGGUGUGAACAGCAUUUGACAACAGCUAGGAUAUUUGUGCAUAGCGACGGCGUCCAUGGGAACGACCGUUAUGAAAACGGAGUACAGAAUACCAUAAUGAUAUACGCAUUAUACUCUCCUAUUACAA